ACAACGAUUUGCGGCUUCUUGUUCCAAAUCGCUCAGCUGUUCGUGGAACUGUGGAGUGUUCCUUUCUGGCAUUGUGUGUGUCUUGUUUGUGCGUCCGAAUGGGCGUUUGACAUAAUGUCGGUAUCAGCAGAGAAUUUGUCUCUGGAGGACUUCCUCGAUGAAGUGGGCAAAGGAGGUGGCGAGUCGGCCGCGCCGCCGGCGGCGGAUGCCAAGAACUUGUCAGUUUUGAUGUCUUCCCUCGCCUUAGGCAAAAAUGAUCAGGAGUACUUUGGAGCAGAGGAUAUUGCUGACUUGCGUGGUAUUGUUGAUGAGUAUGAAGGAGAAGAUGAGGAUACCAUAUCGGAAGCCUCGGAGGUGUCCUCCCAGUUUGGAGAGGCUAUGGCAUAUGUGUCGAUAUUUGACACUCUGACAAGAAGUCCGGAUGAACGCCGAGUGGAGGAUGUGGAAACUGUUUUGGAGUAUACGCAGCACUUACCAGCCUUCGCCAACCUCACCCUGUCGGUGAAGCGUAAGCUAUGCUGGGUGAUGGAGCUGCAGACAUUCCGUGAUGUUCAGUCGCCAGUCAUUCGUAGUGGUGAAGAGGUGGACUCAUGGUGGGUAGUGUUUGGAGGAUCAGUGGAAGUAAACAAGGAUGGUGAUACGCAACGCCUGCACCUGGGUGAAUGCUUUGGUGCAGCGCGUGGCUCCCAGAAGAAGAAGAUCCUACAAAUAGGCACCAUCACGACAUGCCACCCGGACACGAUACUGCUGCGCGUGCCGGCCGCAAAGUAUUACGAGAUCCUGUCCAAAUCCGAGCAGAGCUCCGUCAAGGUGGAGGAGGACGGCAAAGUAGUACUGGUCAAAGAGUUCUCAGAGGAAACGUGCACGCACGUUGCCGUGCGUGCCACACCGGACCUGCUGCUCUGUCGCCUGCUGGAAGAGGAGGAGCACCCUCUUUACGCCGAGGAUUUCCUGCUCGGCCACCGCACGUUCAUUCCGGGCGAGACGGUUGCGGAGCACCUGUGCAAAUGGUUCAUGGAGGUGCCAGAGUGCCGUGAUCGUGUGGCGCGCAUCUUCUUGCUCUGGGUCAACAACCACAUUGAUGACUUCGACGGCAAGGACGGUAUGCUGGCGCUGAUCGAGAAGUUCCGCAACCAGCUGCAGGACGUGGGCAUGAAGGGCCAGUUUCAGCUGCUCAACAUGGCGUGUCAAGUGCGGCCAGCACUGCUUGGCACCAACAGCACCGUCACGCCGACCAUCUCCCCGAUGUCGAUGCGGCACAGCAUCAGCGAGAUCGACGUCAUGUCCGUCAGCCCGCCGCAGGAACGCGCGUCGGGCCACCGGCAGUCUCUGCGUCUCAUGAAGCUGCCGUUCGGCAAGAACCGCAAGGUGGACCGCGGCCAGAUGAAGAAGCGCAGUCCCAGUCCGCUGGUGCGGACAAACAGCAACACCAGCAUCGAAGAGGGAACGCGUAGCAGCUGUCCGUCGAUCAGCGUCUCUGGACCCGGCACUGGUGCAGGCCUAGGCACAAGCCAAAUGCUACCAUCGGAAGCCGGCGUGACACUCAAAGUGUUCAAGCCUGACCAUUCGUAUCGUUUUGUCACCGUCGUUUCAGAAACCACCGCCGAGCAGCUGAUCCGCGCCGCCCUGAAGCAGUUUGACAUCCACGAGGAGACGUCGAAUUACUCCCUGUGUCGGAUAUCGGUGUCGCCCGAAGGCUUAGUGAAGCAGACUCGGUUACCGGACGCGUUCCACAGCUUACCGUCACAUCUGACUCUAACAUCGCGCUACUACAUUAAAAACAACGUCACCACUAACAGCCUUGUGCACGGCGACGAGCUGCUGAUGGAGGUACUCGCCGAAGGUGCCACGGAUUUCCUGUCACUCGACCCGAGGGAUAUUGCACGUGCCGUUACUCUGCAGGACUUUGCCGUGUACCGACAAAUCACGCCGGUCGAGUACUUUGAAGAUCUGUGGGGCCUGGAGAAGAGCUCGCCCAAUGACGGCCUGAUGCGCUUCUCGGAGACGACCAAUCAUGAGAUGUUCUGGGUGGUCAACGAGGUCCUCAAUGAGCCCAACCCGGCACAGCGCGUGCGCGUCAUCAAGCACUUCCUGAAGAUCGCCAAGCUCUGCCGAAAGGUGUUCAACUUCAACACGAUGUUUGCCAUCAUCAGCGGCCUGUCGUAUGGCGCAGUGGGCAAGCUCAGGACGACGUGGGCCAAGGUUGGCCAGCGACACCUGAAAACAGUUGCUGAACUGCAGGAGCUGAUGAAUCCGUCUCGCAACAUGUUCAAUUAUCGCCGGCUGCUCAAGGGUGCUAAGCCGCCGAUCAUUCCAUUCUUCCCCGUCGUCAAGAAGGACAUUACGUUCCUCUAUCUUGGCAACGACAAUAAAAUCGACGGACUCAUCAACUUCGAGAAGCUGCGCAUGGUGUCACAUGACAUCCGGGCGUUCGCCGAAUUCCACAGCGCCAACUACAACCACGACACCCUGCUCUCGCUGACUUCACAGCAGAACCGUGGCAAGGCGGCGUUCUACGACCAGUGGAUGAUCGAACGUCGGGUCAGCCACUACCUUGCUAACCUGGAAGUGAACACAAAUGAAGCUGAGCUCAAGGAACGAGCUAUGGAGCUGGAGGAGCAGCAUCUUCAGAUUGUUGCAGGAAAAGCGCAAGCACCUCCUCCAACCACUAGUCUGCGGCGUCCGAGUGUCUUCACUAGGCCAGAGUAAGUCGCCUAUUGUCUGUGUCUGUUCUGCUUGUCCGCUCACAACCCGCCACCCCUCCCAUGGGCCUUGUACAUACCGUCCGUCCUGGUGACAGUGCGAUUCAGUUGCCCUCCGUUGCUUGCUGUCCUGCUGUCCUCUAUCCGCUACUCUUUCUCCGUGUGCGUGUGUGACUUGCCGGAGCCACCGCGCUUCAUGUCCGUUCUCGCUGUCGUACCAUAGCUUCGCCGCGUGUCGCCAUUGCUCGUGUGUAUGAGUGUAUGCCCAUAGUAGUCGCGCUGUCCAUAUUCUGACUAGUUCCGGCUGCAUAUAUAGCCCUAUCGUGUUUUGUGUGGUCUAUCUCAGUGCAGAGAACUUUAGCCCCUGUUUUGUUCCGUAGUUCCGUGUCAGUGUUCUUCGUUGUCCGCAUGCUGGUAUGCAACCUUAGUGAACCCUUAGCUGGGAGACGCCAUAAGAGACCAUAACAAUUUCAUUCUGCGUACGGGCAAACGGCGACGACGCUUUUGAGUUCUGUUCCAUUUUUACGUCACCUCAGAAUGAUCUUCUUGUACAUAAACAUGCAAAUAAUAAUUUAGUAUAUUUUUCUUGUAUCGGUGCGUACCUUCUCUCCCCUCUCACCCCUUAGCUUUUUCUAUGUGCCGAAAAUAGAAACUCCGCCGCCAACACGCCAACACUUGCCCAUUACGAAACAUAUGUUUAAAUUUGACCGAUUUUUUUAAUUCUGGUCUAAAUGCUUGACGACAAUCUUACGUUCAUAGUAUGUCAUUGUGACCAUUUUGAUGAUUAUUUUAUUAGAUCUGGAUAUGCUAUUCUGGAGCACUGUCUCCUGCAUUUAUAUUUUCUCCUUUUUGGCCGGUGGGGCUUUCCUUAUUUGGAAUUGGCCUUUGAUCGGUGAAGUAAUACCAUUGCUUAUGCUG